CACGAUUCUACACAGCCUGACGCAGUCUAGCUUCCGAAGCCCUUUCUCCCGCCCACGGCUGCGAAGUAUCCAAUCGCAGCUUCAAAUCAAAUCCAAAGCUCUGUUCUAUUUGUGCACAGGCGAGAGAGCCUCGGAAUUCUCCUCCAAUCAGCGCAGAGACCCGCACGUUCUCCCCGCCUAGUGUGUCAAGGCGGGAGUUUCCUAGGUCCCGGUGUUCUGUCGUUUUUUCCAACUUAUCAAAAUCUCCGGCAGUGUCUCGGCUGGGUUUGGCGCCUUUCUGUGCGGUGGAGGUUCGUGGUGUUGGGGAAAUGGUUGGUAGCGGCGAGGCAGCAGCAGAAAUUGAGAAGCUGUAUGCAGCUGUUCCACAGAUUCGCAAUGUCUUCUAUGUAAUGGGGAAAAUUGGAGAGGGUACAUUUAGUUCUGUGUAUUUGGCUAUUGCAAGAUUAAGGUCGGGAGAGGAUAUGAAAUUUGCUCUGAAACAUUUAAUCCCUACAAGUCACCCCACACGAAUAGCGGCGGAACUGCAGUGUCUUACAGUGGCUGGCGGAGAUGACAACGUCAUGGGUGUAAAAUACUGUUUUAGAAAAAAUGAUCAUGUGGUUAUAGUUAUGCCUUAUUUGGAGCAUGAAUGUUUUGUGGAUAUUUUACAUUCUCUAAGCUUUCAAGAAGCAAAGGAGUAUGUGUUUAACCUAAUUAAAGCACUUAAACGUAUACACUACUUUGGGAUUGUUCACCGGGAUGUUAAACCAAGCAACUUCUUAUAUAACAGAAAACUGAAGCAGUACGCCCUGGUAGAUUUCGGGUUGGCCCAAGGAACACCGGACACACAAAUAGAACUUCUCAAAGUCCUUCACUCCAAAAAACAGGGGAGUUGUAUACAAAGUAACACAAUUUCAGGAAAUAUACCAGUACCUAGAGAAGUAGUUCUACCAACCUCAACAAAACAGUCUGUUAAAAGACAUUGGUCACUUUCACAGAGUAAUCCAGGAAACAGUGCAAAGGAGGGAUUACUUGGCGGAUCUACACAGAGGUCUGUGUUUGGAGAGAAGAAUUUUAAUGUUUACAGUACUGUCCCCCAUGAAGUGACAGUUGCAAAAAGCAUAACGCAGCCCAAGACAUCAGAUGUUGCAGCCAAAAAAUUGGCAGCUAGGAAGACUGUUCCUGCAAAAAACACAAGUACUGGGGUGGUCAGGAAGACUGCCAGCACUUGCCCAGUGAGCCUGACCUGUUACUGUUACGCAAGAGAUCAAGUCUGCAGUAUUUGCCUUGCAAGAACCAGGCAAGUGGCUCCUAGAGCUGGUACUCCUGGGUUUCGUGCUCCAGAGGUGUUGACAAAGUGUCCUAAUCAAACUACUGCAAUUGACAUGUGGUCUGCAGGCAUCAUCUUUCUAUCCCUGCUUAGUGGAAGAUAUCAUUUCUUCAAUGCUGGCGAUGAUAUGAAUGCUUUGGCACAAAUCAUAACAAUCCGUGGUUCACAAGAAACCAUUAGAGCUGCUAAACAGUUUGGUAAAACAGUGCUUUGUAGCAAAUCGCUUCCUCCAAAAGAUUUAAGAACAUUAUGUGAAGGACUAAGAGUGUGUAUGGUGCCUGCAUCAGGUAGUGAAACAGAAAUUCAAAAACAGCAAACAUCACUGCAGCUAAAAAUGAUGGAAAAUCAAGAUGGCUGGUUUGUUGAGCAGACUGAUGUCAAUCCUGCCGAGGGUACAGAUAAAGGUUUAAAGCACACACUCUUGACUGAGGGCACAGAAUUUAAUCAAUGUAACCUAAAUGGCUGGGAAAGAGUACCAGAUGAGGCGUACCAUCUAUUGGACAGAUUGCUGGAUAUGAAUCCAGCUACAAGAAUCACAGCCGAAGAAGCGUUGCUCCACCCUCUCUUUAAUGAUCUCAUAUGAGUGUUGUAAUUGAAAUAGACUUGACACUAGACAUGUGGUUUUUUUUUCUGUUUGUUUUUUUUUCAUAUAUUUAUGGGUAUAUAUACUAUAAUAAAUUAUUUGCAAUCUAAUUUUAAA